AUGGAGCAGGUGGACGCGGAGUUUGAUCCAAUUCGCAAGGCAAAGAUAAAGGUAACGCAUGACCGGAUAAUCAAAGAUGCCAUGAUAGAUCAUGAACAGAGCACUAUUCUGAAAAGAAUCGCUUUGCUACCGGUAAAAAAAGCAGUGCCUGAGUCAGACGCAACAAAGGAUCUAGAGCCAGUAGAAACUUCAGAUGAUGCUGAUGAAAAUGAGACCACCGGCUCUAAACGUACAAACAAAGACAUUCUACAAAAUAUUCGCUUGAUCACAAAGAGAUCUAAAAUAAGCGAUAACGAGAGUGUGGCAACAUCUAAUAUUGUAAGGCCUCUAGACACCGAUUUUCGUCGCUUCAAGCACCAUUUAUUGAGACAAUUAUACCACAAUCUGCCGCCGGAACAAACCAAGGUUUUCACCUAUUUACAAGGUGUUCAGCAGGAGAUUGAAAGGAUACUGAAACAGGCCAUUACGCAGAAGGAAAGUCAUUCCAGCAUGUUAGUGGGCCCCAGGGGAAGCUAUAAGACGUUCCUACUGAAUCAUGAAUUAGAUUUGCUGUCCGCUAGGUACCAUCGACAGUACAUCACUAUUAGGUUAAACGGAUUCAUCCACUCAGAACAAACUGCAAUCAACGGGAUCGCUACACAAUUGGAAGAACAGUUAAAAAUUCUUUCAAAAGACUUCAAGGACUCUUCUAAGAAAACAGAUAUCAGCAGUGGCUCAUUAACUGAGGUCUUUGAAAAAAUUCUUCGACUACUAGAUUCAACUUUCAUGGGGAACAAUAAGUUAAAUGAUGAGAAGAAAAACGUCAAGAACAAAAUCACUGUUAUCUUCAUCUUUGACGAAAUCGACCAAUUCGCUGGCCCAGUGAGACAAACUUUACUUUAUAACCUAUUUGACAUGGUAGAGCACGCAAGGGUGCCCGUUUGUAUAUUUGGAUGUACCACGAAGCUGAAUAUUUUGGAAUAUCUAGAGAAAAGAGUCAAGAGCCGAUUUUCACAGCGUAUAAUAUACAUGCCACAAAUAGAAAAUCUAAAACAAUUCAGAGAUACAAUACUUGAGUUGCUUACGGUACCGAAUAAACAUGAAUACAGGUGCUCAGAAUCAUGGAACUCCUUUAUAGAGAGGGAGCUUUCAAAUGAAAAAACAGAACUUUAUAAAUUGGUUAAAACAAACUAUGACACGUUUCGUUCGAUAGCUCAAUUCAAAAAUGCUAUAAUACCCCUAAUCUUUAGUUCUCAAAGUAUCGAAUCACUUCGUGGCUCAUUUGAGUCGUGUGAGCGCGUUAAAGCACAUAACAGAAAUCAGCUUCAAACUAGCUGGACCGCAAAGGUCGAGUCAUUAUCAGAUUUGGAGUUGGCGAUCCUCAUUUGUGCCGCCCGUACAGCAUUGAAAACCAAAGAUGAAACGCUCAACUUCAACUUGGUGUAUGCCGAGUAUGAAGAGAUGAUAAAAGGACUCAAUUCAAAAAUCCCGACCAUUGCGCAGACCAUGAAAGCGAAUGAAAACGUACCAAUAGUGUUUGAUAACGCCAUAAAAUUAUGGAAGAAAAAGGAUGUUAAAAACAUAUGGGAAAAUCUGCAAAAUCUAAAUUUCUUGACCGAGCGGGGUGCUGUAGGUCUGCGAGAAUCUGCACAGGCUGUUUUUUAUGCAAGUAACUACCAAUUUUUAGGCACUACAAUUCCUUUUGAUUUGAGAGUUUACCAAACCCAAAUAGAUUUGAAAGAACUAAGGCGGGUUGUCCCAAGAUCUUCCAUGUAUUACUCUUGGACACAAUUGUGA